AUAGUAUCGAGAAGCUCCAGACCCACAACAGAGGCUAUCUCACAGUACGUCGAUCACCUCCUCAAACCGAUCGUACUUCUACAAAACAGCUACAUACGGGACUCGAGUAAUUUCAUCAACCUACUCGAAAAAACCACUUCAAACAAGCUGCCACACUUGUGACAAUCAACGUCACGCCAUUAUAUAUGAACAUACCGCAAGACGAGGACAUACAAACCUGCACCAAUAUGCUACUCAAACACUACGACUGGGACCAAAACCUUGGCUACAUGACAGAGACACUACUACGCCACAUACUCAGAGACAAUGUCUUCGCCUUCGAUGGCCAAAUCUACAGACAACUAUUCGGUGUGACCAUGGGCACGCAAGUCGCACCCACACUAGCCAAUCUCUUUAUGACGAAACUCGAAGAACUUUUCCUCAAAAACAAACCGAUCAAACCCCACAUCUGGAAGAAAUUCAUCGACGACAUGUUCGUCGUAUGGGAAGAAAUCAAUCAACAACUUGACGCCAUGAUGACCAAACUCAAUCACAUACACCCAACAAUCAAGUUCACACACAAACAAAGCAACACCGAAGCCGUCUUCUUAGACGUACACGCCUACGAAAGCGCCUGCUUCGAUGCCACUAACGAUUUAUUGGACAUCAAGACACACUUUAAACCGAAAAAAAAUGAUUCCAGUAUCUCGACUACAGUUCCAGUCAAACUUGGGUCACGAAGAGAGUCAUUGCACUCGGCAAAGCAAAUUGAUUUCUCCGAUCGACAUCCGACCCGACCGAACUCGAUCGCAUCAUUACCGAUCACAGACGCAGACUCGCCCGCAGAGACUACCCGAAAAACAAACGAUCGAGAUACUCGAACUUAUACCGUUCAAUAUGAGACAACAAACACUGUCCUCUACGACCGCCGGUGCCACUGCGACCGAGCGAUAUUGACCUCGUGUCGGAUGACAGACUAAAAUAAGCAAUCAAACCACAAACACAGCAGCGACCGUAGACACAACAAACACAACAAAACACCGACAUGAUCAACACAACCAGAUCAA